AGGCUCCGGCGUUCGCAUGCGCAGUGUGUAGUGUUUUCUUCCGCCCGGCCUGGUGUGGCGGUGUGUUGUUGCACGUGGAAUGGCGUGCUCCUUGUUCUUCCCAGAAGCUGCCCUAACUGGUGGUUGUGGACGAUAGAGGAGGAUGUGGGGCGCGGCGAUGGGGCUGCCUCCGCGGCUGGCGCUGUCAGUGCUGGCUGGUCCUGGUCGCUCUUGCAUUCUGGGGUCUGGAACUGCGACACGGAAGAACUUGCAAGCGAGAAACCGUCGUGACUUCUCUGACUUCUACCUGCAGCCGUUAUUUGAUCCUGAUUUAGAGGAGUCACCCUUUUAUGCAUCCAAGGGUCGAUCCGAGCCUACGCGUCACGUAGCAUGUAAGAAAUUGGCCAGAAACCUGGCACGAAACCUGCUGGGAUUCCAAAAACCAACCCGUCAACUUAUACUAGAGUGCAAUCCAGGUCCUGGAGUCCUGACUGAGGCAUUGCUUAGCGCUGGUGCCAGAGUGGUCGCCCUUGAAAGUGAAAAGUCUUUUAUUCCAAAUUUAAAGUCCUUAAGGAAGUAUACAGGAGAGCUGCGAGUGGUUCACUGUGACUUCUUUAAGAUGGAUCCUAGACAUCAGGAAAUAAUAAAACCGGAAUACAGCUCACGGGUCAUUUUUCAGAAUUUGGGAAUAAAAGCGGUUCCUUGGUCAGCAGGUGUUCCUAUAAAAAUAUUUGGAAUCCUGCCUAAUAAAUACGAAAGACGAAUACUUUGGAAAACUCUGUUCGAUCUGUAUUCCUGUGACUCUAUAUACAGAUACGGACGAAUAGAGCUGAAUCUGUUUGUUUCGGAGAAAGAAUUCCAGAGACUGAUAGCAACUCCUAAAAGGCCAGAUUUAUACCAGGUAUUGAGUGUGCUUUGGCAAGUGGCUUGUGAAAUUAAGUUUAUUCACAUGGAACCUUGGUCGUCGUUUAGUGUAUAUACCGAAAAUGGGCACUUAGAGAAGUCAAAGCUUAGGGAAUCAUUAAAAUCAAUGAAACAAAAUCUAUAUUUUAUUCAAAUGACUCCUCGUAAAACUUUAUUUACAGAAAACUUAAGUCCGUUGAAUUAUGAUAUAUUUUUCCACAUGGUAAAGCACUGCUUUGGGAAGCGUAGUGCCCCAAUAAUGCAACAUUUACGUUCACUGACCACAGUUGAUCCAAUUGAUGUACUGAGGCAGAUGAGACUAAGUCCUGGAGGGACAAUUCUUAAAAUGUAUCCUCAAGACUUCAAAAGACUGUUUGAAAGUAUAGAGAGUUCCGAGGACUCUGUCUUUAAGUGGGUCUAUGACGAAAGCUUGGAGGACAUUCAGGUCUAGAACAGUCUGCAAGCCGCGAACUGGAGCUGUCUAUCUAUUUAUUUGGAAGUUAUGAGACAAAUGAAAACUGAAUUUCAAGAAGUUCACGCCCUUUCAACGGAAGAGAAGCUAUCCUCGUCUGGCACAAAUGGGGCUGGUAAUUUCAUCUGAAGCUGAUACCUUUGACACACUGGAAAAGACAGUGGCUGUGGUUUUAUUCAAAACUGAAUAAAAUAUAAAGUUCUCAGUUUGAUCAGAUCCAAUUUUUUUUAAUUACUGUCUGCAGUAGAUCAGUGGUAGAACACAUACCGAAUGUGUCCAAGGCUCUGGUUUUGCUUCCAAGCACAGGAAAUUAAAAAAAAAAAAAUCUAUUUACUGAAAAGUUUAGUAGGUACAGGAUAUUUCAAGUUGUAAUUUCCUCUCUUUAAAAAGUCUUUUGGCCAAACAUCUUUAAAUAUCGCAGUUUUCACCACUGCCAAUUGCUUGCAUCUUUUUCCGGUUUCUGUACUGUAAAGCUUAGAAAAUGAACUGAUUUGACCAGGCAUGGUGGUGCAAAUCCUGGAACUUGGAAGGUAGCAGGCCCAUCAGUUCAGUGCCAGUGUCAAGUAAGGAUGAAUGUGAGGCCACUUUGGCUAAUAAGAGACCCUGUCAAACAAAACAGUAUAAACUUGUUUCAGAAAGUGAUGAGUUUAUCUUUAUGUUGAAAUGAAUUAUGAAUGUAAUUGUUUAAAUUUUAGUAUGUUUUAAACUUUUUUUAGAAAUAAAAAGGUUUUAAGUGA